AUGGCUGGCCAGUCCAAAGUCGAGGUACUCCCCCCUUGGGGAAGUGCCGUCGCUGGCGCUGCUGGUGCCGUUAUCGCAAACACUCUUGUCUACCCACUGGACUUGAUCAAAACACGGUUACAAGUCCAAGUAAAGCGGUCACCCAACUCACCAGAUCCUAACCCAGCCGAUGAAGAACACUAUGACGGUGCCAUGGAUGCAAUCAGAAAGGUCGUCGCCAAUGAGGGUGUCGCAGGAUUAUAUGCAGGCAUGGCAGGUUCGCUGCUCGGUGUAGCAUCCACCAACUUUGCCUACUUCUACUGGUAUACUUUUGUCCGAAGUCUAUACAUCGCCAACCGCUCCCUUACCGCGCCACCUGGCACUGCGGUCGAACUCUCCUUGGGCGCCGUAGCUGGCGCGUUGGCCCAGCUCUUCACAAUUCCGGUGGCUGUUGUGACUACUCGGCAACAGACCAUGAGCAAGUCAGAGCGAAAAGGCAUGAUUGAGACUGGCAUGGACGUUAUAAACGGCGAGGAUGGCUGGACAGGCCUCUGGCGAGGCCUGAGGGCCAGUUUGGUUCUCGUCAUCAACCCGUCCAUCACAUAUGGUGCCUAUCAACGAUUGAAGGAUAUCAUGUACCCUGGCAAGAAGUCACUGAAACCAAUGGAGGCCUUCCUCCUCGGGUCAAUUUCCAAGAUCCUCGCUACUAUCGCCACACAGCCACUCAUAGUCGCAAAGGUUGGCCUCCAGUCAAAACCACCGCCAGCAAGAAAUGGCAAGCCGUUCAAGUCUUUUACUGAGGUCAUGUACUAUAUAAUCGAACACGAGGGGCCGAUGGGUCUGUUCAAGGGCAUCGGACCUCAGAUCCUGAAGGGCCUGCUCGUUCAGGGAUUUCUCAUGAUGACCAAGGAGAGGAUCGAACUUUCAUUCAUUCUUCUCUUCAGAUAUUUCCGCCAAAUGCGCGCGGAGAAGCUACAGAAGCUUGCCAACAUCGCCGCAGAGAAGGCUGGCAAAGCUGCUCCUAUAUUAGUGAAGUGA